AUGGCCGUGGCUGAAGGCGGCUGGUGCGCGGUGAAGCGGUGCGCUGCGGACGCCGGCGGUUCCUCCUGUCCCUUCGCGACCAGGGAGCCGCGCCCGUCUCCUCCCUCGCCUUCCUCCUCCUCCGGCUCCCAGGGUGAACGCGGAUCCUCCAAGACUCCUCGGCCGGAGACCGACGGCAGCCACCGGCCGCCCCCCGCCGCCGAGGGCAGGUCGCUGCUCGCCCCCUACGUGCACUUCGGGACCCCGCACCCCUCCGGCCGUGCCAGCUGGGAGGACAUCCUGCUCUUCGCGGACUUAGACCAAACCAACAAGCUGAUCUGGUCCAGCCGCGGCCCCAAGCUGAGCGCCCUCGGCGCCGAGCAGCCCGAGGAGAUGUACCAGACCCUCGCCAUCUCGGCCGCCCAGGGCCCCACGCCUUACGACGGAUCUCCGGGCGGCUUCAUGCACUCCACGCCCAGCUCGCCCGUCUACGUGCCCACCACCCGCGUGGGCUCCAUGCUGCCCACGCUGCCGUACCUGCAGGGCAGCGGCGCGGCCCAGCCCAGCCACCCGGGCGGCGGCCACGCCGUCUGGUCCCAGCCGGCCGCGGAAAGCCCCUCGUACAGCAGCGGCGGCGGCUCCCACCCCUCGGGCCGCUUCCCCUACUCCCCGAGCCCGCCGGUGGCCAACGGGGCCUCCCGGGAGCCCGGCGCCUACAGCAACAGCCUGGGCGCCAGGGACCAGUACAGCCCCCUGGCCCGGCCGCUCAAUGGCUCCUACCCGGGCCCCUACACGUCCUACGUGGGGCCGCAGCUCGCCCCUGCCUGGCCCACGGCGCCCUUCGAGAACUCCAUGCUGCACUGCCUCCAGGGCCGGGCCGCCCCCAUCCCCGUCCGGGCACCCAGCGCAGAGCUGCUGGAGGACCUGUCCGAGAGCCGGGAGUGCGUCAACUGCGGCUCCAUCCAGACCCCGCUGUGGAGGAGAGACGGCACCGGCAACUACCUGUGCAACGCCUGCGGGCUCUACACCAAAAUGAACGGCCUCAGCCGGCCCCUCAUCAAGCCCCAAAAGAGAGUGCCUUCGUCGCGGCGGAUGGGCCUGUCCUGUGCCAACUGCCACACCACGACCACCACCCUGUGGCGCAGGAACGCCGAGGGCGAGCCCGUCUGCAACGCCUGCGGCCUCUACAUGAAGCUCCAUGGGGUUCCUCGGCCUCUCGCUAUGAAAAAAGAAGGAAUCCAGACAAGGAAGCGAAAACCUAAGAAUAUAAAUAAAUCAAAGGCAUGCUCUGGUAACAGUACUACUGCAGUUCCUAUGACUCCGACAUCCACGUCUUCUACCAACUCAGAUGACUGUAGCAAAACUGCUUCUCCCGGCGCACAGCCUGCAGCCUCCGGGGCGAGCUCGUCGGUGAUGUCUGGCCCCGGAGAGAGCACCAGUCCUGAGAGCAGCAACCUCAAGUAUUCAGGUCAAGAUGGGCUGUACACAGGAGUCAGCCUGAGCUCCACGGCCGAAGUGACAGCAUCUGUGAGGCAGGAUCCCUGGUGUGCCCUGGCUCUGGCGUGA